AUGUCGAAUUGGAUAUCAUGUUACCACCCUUCAACGAAUUCGUGGAAUACUCAUGUCACAUCUAUUCCAGGUCUUCUGGAGAAUCAUGUCCUCAAGGAUUUCGCGAUUACUUUUAUUGGUGAGGAGAUUUUUGUAAUUGGAGGACGACAAUGUCACAAGGACGUAAAUGGUAUUAUGGAAAAUAAUAACGUUCACGAAAUCGAUAUACAAAUUCUUCCGUUGGUACUAAAGUACAAUGUUGGUAAAAAUUGUUGGACUAAAUGUGCACCUUUAAAAACUCCAAGGUUUAAUUUUGCAUGUAUGACAUCAAAAGAGGGUAAAAUUUAUGUAGCUGGUGGACAAACAACAUUUGAUGGUGCUAAGGGUACCUCUUUGGCUGAGGUUUAUGAUCCUAUCUUAGAUGAAUGGAAACAACUACCUAACAUGAGCACCACGAGGUACAAGUGUAUUGGUGUGUUAUGGCAAGAGAAAUUUUAUGUAGUGGGGGGAUUUGCCAGAAGAGAAAACACUCAUGAUACUCAUCAAGGACCCUACAUUAUGGAAAGAAGUUCUGCUGAAGUGUACGAUCCAGAUCGCGACACGUGGGAUUACAUGGCUAGGAUGUGGGACCUAGAUGUGCCACCUAAUCAAAUAGUGAAUAUUGAUGGGAAGCUUUAUAGCUCAGGUGAUUGUUUAAACACAUGGAAGGGACAUAUUGAGUCCUAUGAUGGGAAACACAAUUUAUGGUACAUAGUGGAUGGUUCAAGUUCACCAAUUUCUAUAUUAGAUGACACACAAAAUAAUUGGCCAAAUUUGGAAAGAAUGUUUUGCACUAUGGCUCCUAUAGGGACAAAGUUGUACUUUUUGGCUGGUUAUAGAAAUAUGUUGGGUGAUAAUUAUAUAACAAGAACAAGAGUGAAGUACAUGUUUUUGAAACAACAACAAAUGGAAAUGGAUGGAGAAGUUUAA